AUGGCAAAACAAACCAACCAAGAGCUAUUCGUAGGUGGACUUGCAAGGGCCUUGAAAGAACAACGACACGUCGAUGUAUGCCUUAAGGCAGGAGAAAGUGAUGAGAAAGGCGUAUCUAUAUCUGCCCACAAGAUUGUUCUGUCUGCAAGAUCUGAGGUGUUUAAGAAGAUACUUGAAUCUGACGAGAUCAAGGCAACGACUAAGCUAGAGACAAUCACACUCUCGGAGCUGAAACAUGAAGAGUUAGAUGCUUUAGUUGAGUUCAUCUAUAGUGAUGGCACUAUGCUUUCUGAACAAGGGAAACAACAUGUUAUGUCACUCUUUCUUGCAGCUGACAAAUAUGAGAUUCCACAUCUACGUGACCUAUGCAGAAGCCAUCUUAGAACAUCUAUGAAUGUGUCUAACGCUCUAACCGUCCUUGCACUCGCCCAAAUCCCUAUUGACCAAGCCCUCAGUGAUGAUGCCUUAGGUUAUAUUAGAGCCAAUAUGAGUGCAAUUUGUAGCACGGCUGAGUUCGAGGAUUUUGUUGUCAAUUACCCAAGUCUUACCGUUGAAAUACUGAAGGGUAUUUAUGAUCCGGCGAGUGGUAGAGGUGCUCGCUAUACGUGUAAUUAA